UGUUAAGAUGUGUCAGUCUCUCAACGUAUGCGUUAGUCUUUUCUUAACUCUUGAAGAGAUACACGCAGCUUACUUGUAUUUGAAUCAUACUCAGCCAUUGAUUCUGCUUGAGAGUUGGAUUGAGUCGUAAGAGUUUAAUCUGUGUAAUUACUGUAGACAAAAGUUACGAAGGUCAUUACGAUCGGUGUUUCAGACGAAGGUAACUUCUAAAAUCGCAACAGCAAGAUUUACUUGUACCACAACUUUAAUAGCAUAGUUACCAUUGACUCUUCGUCAGAGAAACAGCUAGAGAUUGAAAAAAUAUUUAACAUCGCAUUAUGAACAGUAACGACGAGACAAUCGUGAUAAAAACAUACAAUGUGUUGCUUCUUCUAGCAGAGUUAUUAUUUCUUAUUUUGAAAGUUGUAUAUUAUAUUUGUGAAGAUAUGUACAGAUUGAUCGUACCAACGAAGAAAAAGAGCGUAGCUGGUGAAAUUGUUUUGAUAACAGGUGCAGGUCAUGGUAUCGGAAAGGAAUUAGCGAUUGGCUAUGCAUCGUUAGGAGCAACAGUGGUAUGUUGGGAUAUCAAUGAAGAAACAAACAACGAGACAAUGAACGACAUUAAAAGAAUGGGGAGGGACUCUGUAUAUGCGUAUCGGUGUAAUGUAGCAGAUAGGGAAGAAGUCUUCCGGGUAGCCGAGAAAGUAAAGAAAGAAGUAGGUGACGUUACAAUCUUGGUCAACAAUGCAGGCAUAGUGUUUAUUAAAUCAUUCAUGAAUCAGAGUCUCGAUGAAAUUGCUCAAGUUAUAGACGUGAAUGUGACAGCGCAUUAUUGGACAUUGAAAGCAUUCCUACCAAAUAUGAUCGAAAAGAAUCACGGUCAUGUUGUUGCACUGUCAUCAAUAGCAGGACUUUUCGGCGGUUCUUAUGGCACGGUUUACUGCCCUUCAAAAUUCGCAGUUAAAGCAAUUAUGGAAUCUAUGUCUGAGGAACUACGUGAACUGAGUAACGGAAAAUGCUCUAUUAAUUUUACUACUGUUUAUUUGACCUUCGUGCGUACCGGAUUGGUUAAAAAAAAUAUUAAAAUUAGAUUUCCACGAUUAAUGAGAGAACUUCAACCGCAGGAAGCGGCUUCGUCAAUAAUUGAUGCGCAAAGACGAAAUUAUAGAAAUAAAAGCAUACCGUCAUUUUGGUUGCCCAUGUCUAAAAUAGGAAGACAUUUACCGGACAAAGCAUUAGAGUGCAUAAGAGACUUCGCCGAUUUUGGAUUGCCCGGAAAUUAAUAAAUUAGUAUAACAGAGUUUAUAAUAUCUCUGAUGUUGAAAUAGUAUUAUCUGAUUAAUACGUAUAAGAAUUGUAGUUGAAUUUCAUCAAACUUUCAAAGAUUUGUAGAAAAAGGACACUUAUGAUAAAACUAUGUAAUCCUGUUGAAAGUUUUUUAUAUAAAAUAUAUUAAAACAUUUUUUAUAGCAUGUAGAUAUAUAAAAUAUUGUAAAAUG